GUAGUUGUGCAUUGCUGCAUGGGGGAGCCUAGUUAGCACGUCUCCUUCACCUCUCGACACCCGCUCUGUCACUGGCACCAUGAUAAACACCUACCACACCAGCCUGCCGAUGCCACCGCCACCUCCUCCACCGGUGCCGCCGCGCUUCCACAGCAGGCCCGAGCCUCGGCAGCACUCCAGCCUGAUCUGGUUCUUGGCUGUGGUGCUGGUGAUCCACAUGUUUCUCACGUUUGGGGGAUUCAUCUACCUUUUUCACAAGGGCAACCAGCAAGAGUUGAAUGAAAACUACCAAGAUGACGUCCGCAUCCUCAAGAGACUUCAACAAUGUGAUGAUGAUAAUGUGGAUGACAAGACAUUGCUUGACUGCAAAAAGGUUCUAAACCAAUUCAAGGACGUUAUGGCAAAGGCCUCAGAAACAGAAAGUAGAGUUGCCUUGUUGACUGGGGACCACGUCCACUACCAUGGAGCUCUAGCACACAUGUCAGUGAGUCCUGCUAAAAGGGUGGCAAAUCCAAGAAUAUGCACAGAAAACGAUAAAGGGGACUGCGCCCUGGAGUGGAACACUGAUCAUUCUACUAAAGUGAAUGUGGACACAGAGGGAGACAGCAGACUCCGCAUCAGUCACGCGGGCUACUACUACAUCUACUCACAGGUCACCUUCUCCAUCAAGAACGCCACCUCGGUGUUGGUAAACAGCAUCCGACAUGUCAAGGUCAAGGAGCAGGUCAAGACAUGGAUGAAACCUGAGGAAAUAGACGAGGUCUUACUCAGAUCUUACUGUCCACCCCAACAGUUACCCCUGUGCACUGCCUCCCAAGGAGGGGUGUUCAAGCUGGACAAAGGUGACCAGUUAUAUGUACAGGUGACGAACCUGAACUGGGUGCACUAUGACAGGAACGCCACCUUCUUUGGAUUAUACGAACUUAAAUGAGGAGAAUCAAAAAAGGAUACUGCUGGAAUGGUACAAAAUGUUCUCCACUGGAAUACUUAAAAUGAAUAGCAAGAGAACAAUGAAAAACUGCACUACAGUUUGAGUAGAAGUCCCUUGAGAAGAAAAAACUGAGAAUGUAUUUCAUCUUUGGAAGAUCUGAAUAGACACUCUUUGGUCCCCAGAGUAUUAUGUCAGUAAAUGAGAUUUUAAUUUAUGGUAGCAUCAUUUGAUAUAACAACUUGCUGGGAUUGGUAAUGAAGGAUGUGAAGGUUCACAUGAAACCAUGUUUCCAAAUUACAUUGAUUGACAUAAGUGUAACCAAGUUGACAUAUCUGUUAUAGUAAUGUUGUAGCUAAUUUUCAUAUGGUGCCCCUGCAUUGGUCUUCAAACAACAUGAUAUACAGUAUUUAGAUAAGUGAUCUCAUGUUUGAUUUAAGUGUUUUAAGUAAUUUAUUACUCUUUUCAGAGUUUGGUUGUAAAGAUUGUAUUUAUUUGCUCAGGUGUCUUUCACUUUGCUAUAUUGUAAAUAUUGAUAUUAAAUGUAUAUUUAGUCAUGA